AUUAGGACUCCUGAACCUUGGAUAUUAAAUAAAAAUUAUGAACGUACUUCGGUUUAUCUUGAUGAUAAUAAAACCAUUCAAUUAUUUAUUGGAGAAUCCACCGUUCAAGUAUGGCAUAAAAGAAAAAGUGAAACAUCAUCUUCAAAACUAUCAUUUUCAUCAUCUACGAGAGUUCUUGAAUAUAUUUGGACGAAUAAUUCUAAUGGACCAAUGCAAAUUCAAUCUUUGGAAAUUGGUCAUAAAGAAUUCUCAUUAAUAUUAUAUAUUCCUUCUAGAAAUUCUCUUUCCGAACCUGGAGAAAAAAUUAUACUUGAAUGGCCUGAAAAAGUCAAUUGUCCAGUACAUGCUUGUCAAGCAUUAGAAUUUUUUAACGAGAAAAAAGAUCAACCUUUAGAUCCAAAAAGACAACAUCAAUUUGAUGAUUUGGUUCAACAAACUGAACGCAUCAUUAAAAAAUAUUUGACUAAAAGUUUUGGUUUAUGGAGAAUGUUGGAUAUACGUUUUGAUAUUAUGGCAAAUUUAAUUCGCGGUAACUGCACGUAUAUCAUUAAAAAUAUUUUAUUUUCUAUAUCUGAUGGGAAAAAUAAUCAUUUGCAUAUUCCAAGAUGUAAUUCUUGGGGUGGACAACUCAUAAAAGAGACCGAUCUUGAAACCGCUAUCGUAUGUACAAAAGGAGGUUAUCGUAAAGAUACGAUUAUAGUUAAAUAUUUAUUAGAUUAUUAUUCAAAUAAUGCUUUAAAAUCUUCAAAUUGGAUGUUUACUGUUGCUAAAGCGAUUCCAAUCCUUUAUGAAUAUAAUUUAGAAUUCUAUGUUAAAGAAUUAUUUCAAAAACCUUGUUUUGGUGCUAGUGAAGUUUACUUGGAUCAAUCUAAAAUUCGUGAUAGUGACAUGAAUAAAAGUAAUCACAAAGAUGUUCAUGCAUUAAACGUAAAUUUGGGUCUCAUCAAGAA